AUGGCGCUACUACCAGUACAUGCAUUCCCGGGAGCUCUAUUCCUCGAAGCUCGAAUGCUUGGACAACCGGCCGAAAUAGUAUCACAAAUCGGUCUUUCCAUCGAUGCGCCCGAAUGCAGUGUAGCGUUGUUUUCACGUGCCAGUGGUGUACUUCUCGUAGCUGGCGUUGGUUCCUACUGUGCAUAUCGAAUAUGCACCAAAUAUCUAGGAUCAAGGUUCGUGUGGAUGCUACUCGAAUCAGCAAGAUUCGACAAUAUCGCAACUGCGGAUCGACGAUUGCUAUACGCUAGCGGUUUUCCGGACGAAGACGAACGCGAUGACAUGUUUGAUGACAAGCGGAGUCGUUGUACUGACAGCAGAACACCGAGCGAGAUGUCAAUAAUCCGGUUGUCUCGAUACCCCCGUAAAUCACGCGGGUUAUUUGCGAUUCGACAACCAAAAUCUGGUCGCGAAGGUGUACUAAGGCGACCGAGCACAUCAGACCAGUCAGGCAGGUCGCGCGGGUUCUCCUCAUCCAUGUCGGAUCGGUCAGCGUCUUUAAGAAUCGUAUUCGAAGGGCAGCAGGAUUGCUGGGAAGACGAGUUCGCCGCUGGAGACCCCCAACCAGGACCGUCAAUCAUCUCAAGAGUUCCUCUGUCUCCUUCAAAGAUGGCCCCUUCGGCAUCUGUCGGAGACCUUGGCUCUGUUUUUGACGACGUGCUAUCAAUGUCGUCAGCCGUCGAGCAAUCUGAUCUGCCGUACGAUGAGGUGGUUGAAAGUGACGACCCUAUCCACGAUGACCUUAUGCGAAUGAAGUGUAUGGGCGACAGUAAAUAUAUGUAUCGGAGUGUUAUCGUGGCUAGUAGCGAAUUUGGCUCAGACGCUGGUUCAUAUGGAGGAUCGGUGAUGAGCUCGAAGUCGAACCUACAAGAGCUACGGAAGCGCUUCUCAAAGGCGAUGGAUCCUCAGGGACUUUGGGAUCUCACUCAAGAAACACCAUCGACUUCUCGUUUGAAAGUGGAGCCAAACGAGAUGACCGAUAGUGGAUUUUCACGAAGUACACAGUCGAAACAUAGCCAUGAACAUAGGUCUCUUUUCGAUUCGGCUAUCGGGGGUGAACUGUACUCAAGUGAGGAUGAAUCCGUGGACAAGCCCGAGAAACAUGUUCUCAUCCCGCUUCGAGAGUCCGAUGCCAUAUCCUUGGUCAGCUUGGAAUGGUGUGACGAUGGACUGAGAGAACGAGAUGGUGUAGCUAACGGUGUAGGUGGUGAUCUCAACACGGAUUUUGCAUCGAGUCGAGAAAGUGUCGCUGGAUCAUCGAAAUCCCCGCCGUUCUCAGUUUGUACCUUGCAUCGUCCAAAGGAUUCGCGAGAUUUGAUGGUGUAUGCAUGCGAAAAGUUCCAGCCAUAUUCUCCACAGUUUAAGAAAAUCCAGCAUCUCUACCAUCGACGUCGGUUGCGAAGGAUCGGCCCAUCACCACGAACGGCCGACGAAACAUUACGCCUCUUCAUGUCAUGUGCGCUAUAUCACGGCUACAACAUUCUUCAGAAACCGUCAUCUGCCGUUGAGAAGAGAUUCGAUUCUUGUGCUUCCGAAUGCAACUUCUUACAUCGAUGGAGUGGUGCAACGUUGGAACAAAUGCGAGAGGAUCUGCACUGCUUAUCAGAUACGAAAUUCCUCCAGUCGUCGCCAGUAAACGAGUCGCAGACGAGGGCGCUGGCAUUACUGGUCGUAUUGGCUGCACGUGACGUGUACAACGGAAAGUUGUGUGGUGACGCAUCUUGUUCGUGGUUCAGCAAAGAUUCACCUGCAGACGUCAUGAUGCAGUUCGAGCGAAAUUUGCCACUAGAUGAGACAUGCUGGAGACUGUUAGGUAGUUGUUGCGACGUAUCUGUCGAAGUUUUGGACUUUUCCACUCAACGAACCGAAACGAUCCGAUUCGGUGUCGCACCGAAAUGCAUCACAUGGCUCCGAGUUUCACAGUCGUCAGCACCUCAGCCACUGUUCUACGUACCAGAUGACUAA